GGGACGGGCCGGGUCGGGCCGGGCGGAGCGGGCGCUCGGUGCGGGCGGUCACCGCCGCUCUCGCCAUGCGGGCGCUGCUGCUCCCCGCGCUCCUGCUCCCGGCGCUGGCCGCGGUGCGCGGCGCCGCCACGGCUCUGGGGGAUGUGGACCAGGUCCGGAUGACGUCCGAGGGCUCCGACUGCCGCUGCAAGUGCAUCCUGCGGCCGCUGAGCAGGGACGCCUGCAGCCGCGUCAGGAGCGGCAGCGCGCGCGUGGAGGAUUUCUACACCGUGGAGACGGUGAGCUCGGGGGCUGACUGCCGCUGCUCCUGCACCGCGCCCCCCUCCUCGCUCAACCCCUGCGAGAACGAGUGGAAGAUGGAGAAGCUGAAGAAGCAGGCCCCUGAGCUCUUCAAGCUGCAGGCCAUGGUGGACCUGCUGGAGGGAACGCUGUACAGCAUGGACCUGAUGAAGGUGCACUCCUACAUCAGCAAGGUGGCGGCACAGAUGAACACGCUGGAGGAGACCAUCAAGACCAACCUGAGCAGGGAGAAUGACUUCAUGAAGGAGAGUGUCCAGCACCUCACGGACCAGAUGAAACGCUAUGAGAACUACUCUGACAUCAUGAUCAGCAUCAAGAAGGAGAUCUCCAACCUGGGCUACCAGCUGCUGCAGAAGGACGCAGCUGCCAUCCCCGAGAGCAAGGCACAGGACACGACAGGCGGCCGGGAGAAGGAGGCGGGACGCUACCCCAGCCCCCGCAAGGCACUGGGGGACAGGGCAGCCCCCCGAGCGCCCAAGGAGAAGCCGCUGAAGCCCGAAAAGCCCAAAAAGGAGAACACCAAGGCCAAGGCGGGGUCACAGCCCACGGCAAAGCCCAAGCCCCUGGCACAGCAGCAGACUGUGGUCCGGGGCAUCACCUACUACAAGGUCGGGCAGGGAGCGGCAGAGGGUCCGGCCGGGAGCCGCGAGGGCCCUGUGAGAGGGGCAGCCGUGUCAGAGCAGCAGGAGGACAGGGGCCCCCCGCCCCCCCCAGCCGAGGGCACCCCAGCCCAGGCUGUUGCACAGACGGAGAGCGCCAUGCCCCCCAGCAGCACGGCCGUGCCCAGCACCGCCCCGGUGCCCCGCAGCACCGCCCGCAGCCCCCCCGGGCAGGGCACCGACAGCCCCGGGGACCCCGAGACACCGAACAGAGUGAAGGAGGCGGAGUGCGAAGGCACCAUCGAGGCCGUGGAGCCCCCCAGGGAGCACCACAGCUACGGGCGCAACGAGGGGGCCUGGAUGAAGGACCCGGCAGCCAAGGAUGACCGCAUCUACGUCACCAACUACUACUAUGGCAACAGCCUGGUGGAGUUCAGGAGCCUCGACAGCUUCAAGCAGGGCCGCUGGAGCAACCUCUACAAGCUGCCCUACAACUGGAUUGGCACGGGGCACGUGGUGUACAGAGGGGCCUUCUACUACAACCGUGCCUUCACCAAGAACAUCAUCAAGUACGACCUGAAGGAGCGCUACGUGGCAGGCUGGGCGCAGCUCCACGACGUGGUGUACGAGGACACCACGCCCUGGAAGUGGAGGGGCCACUCGGACAUCGACUUUGCCGUGGAUGAGAGCGGGCUCUGGGUCAUCUACCCCUCGGUGGACUAUGACUACUCCCAGCAGGAGGUGAUCGUCCUCAGCCGGCUGGACCCCGUGGACCUCUCGGUGCGCAAGGAAACCACCUGGAAGACGGGGCUGAAGCGCAACACCUACGGGAACUGCUUCAUCAUCUGUGGCAUCCUCUAUGCUGUGGACACCUACAGCCAGAAGGAAGGGCAGAUCUCCUAUGCCUUCGACACGCACACAGACACGGAGGCAGAGCUCCGGCUGCCCUUCCUCAACCACUACUCCUUCACCACGCAGGUCGACUACAACCCCAAGGAGAAGGUGCUCUAUGCCUGGGACAACGGCCAUCAGAUGACCUACGGGCUCAGCUUCGUGGUCUGAGUGCCCGGGCGGGUCCCUCUGCACUCCUGCACCCACCCUGCCUGGGGCACCCUGACGCAGCCUGGCCCUGGCACCCCGACUCCAGCCAGGGCUGUGGCAAGAGCUCGGCUUCCACCCCAAAACCUUCCCCAUCUGCUCUGGCCAUCGCCUGCACCGCGCCCACCGUGCUGCAGGGCAGGGGGAGCCCGUCAGAGCAGCCCCCGGCAGACACCCACCCCUGUGACAACGUGGCCCCUGGGGCCGUGGCAGCUCGGCCAGCAUCGCCUUCCCGGAGACACAGAGAGGAGCCCAGCCCCGCAUCGCUCUGCUGCUGCUGGCACCGCCCGCCGGCCCUGCAGCAGCGCCCCGAGCGCCUCCUGCGCUGUCCCCAGCCCGGGCACCGCGUGUGCCAUCCAUCGCUGCCAGCCGUGCCAGAGCCGGGACAGCCCCGUGCCCCGCCCGCGCCCGGCCCCGCGGGCCGGGCGGGCCCCCUCACUGCCCGGCGCCGGGAACAGGUGCCAGUCUCUAUUUUAGGAAGGGUGGUUAAGAUGCCUUUGCUUUUGCUGAUCAUGAGUUUGUUAUUUAAAUGCAUCCAUUGGAGCCGUGCAAGUUCCCCCUUUGGCAGUAGGCGUGGAAGAGCCUGCCUGGGUGUCCUGCCCGCACAGCAACCUGCACACCUGCCCCCUCACCUGCUCUCACACCUGCCCUCACUGCUGCCCUCACCCCUGCUCUCACACCUGCCCUCACUGCUGCCCUCACCCCUG